AUGGCGAAUCGUUGGCUCAUCUCCCCCAUUCUCCGUACCGAAGCCGUACUGAACAUGGACGAUGAUGUGAAUGUGUCGUACGCUGCACUACGAUGCAUGUUUUCAGUUUGGCUGCGAUCACCCUACUCGCUGGUGGCAACCGACGUGCGGGCCAUUGUGGACUGUGCAAAAACAACGGAACGCUGCAAGUACGGUGGACCUUUUGACUACCUGGCUCGGGAGCGACUGCAAGGCAUUGGGCUUUCGUACAAUAUGGCCCUACCACGUGUCCUUCUGGCCUCGCGUAUCUACCACGCGGCAUUUGCGGCGUCCUUUUAUCACGUUGUACAUGUGCCAUCGCCCCCCACCCUGGCGACCGUCGCGCCGCCCCAGCGAGAUUCACUUGAGCGCAUCGUACGGGAGUUGCUCUGCGAUGACAUCGCCUUCAACUACGCGGCGGCAAAUGCCUCUAUCCACUUCCCGCGCCCUGCUGGCUCCCGUCCCCGGCGACAAGGCGCGAUUAGAGCCGCCCCGCUUCUUGUCAGGGCUCCUGUGGCCUCAUUUCCGGAGUCCAAUGCGGCAGGGGCCCUCACAUUAGAGCGCGGUAUGAAGCUGAAGCGGCGCGAGUGCGCUAACCGACUUUCAAUCCUCUUCUCUUCGGAUGGAGGCCGCACCCCCUUCCGUCUUGAGCAGCAAUUUUGGCAGGCAACUUGUACGGUUAGCAAAUGA